UUAUCUUUCUUUCCCUUCAAACAAAGAUAAUUGACUUGAUAUUUAUAUCCAAGGUGGACUUAAAAUAUACUAAUCACGACUGAACCGGAAAGCGUGAUUAGCAUUACUACGAUAAUCUAUUUUAAAUUUGGUUGGAGAAUAAUUAUAGUAAAACCUGAAGUUUCCGAGAAACUACUACCACAACGACGCACGUCUCCCUUUUUCCCUAAUCUAUCUCGUUCUCUCCGACCUUUUCCUUUUUCUAAAAUAUUUUGAAAUUGAAUUAUUCAAUAUUGUGUCAUAUCUGGUUGGUUAAACCACUUUGAAUGAAGCCACACUGAAGACUUUUGGAUCUUUCCUGAUGAUGUUUUUCUGGUUGGGUUUCAACAGGCUUCGCUAAUUUCUGAUCUGGGUUUUCUUGUUUGCGCCAAGAUAUUCCUGUUUUUCAAGAUUUUUUUUAAUAGAGGAAAACACCAGUUGCCAUUGUUGCAAGUUUGGUGAAUAAAAAUCUGAUCUGGGUUUCUGUCUAUUGGAUCUCUAGAGUUGGUUCUGCUUUCAUUUGAAGCCAUUCAUUUCAUUCACUGCGGCAGCUUUUCUUUGAAUAAUCUGAAACCCCAUUGGAUUGAAUAGAAUACUUGAGUUAGAAAUUUCUGAGUUGUUCAAUCUUUGACCGAACUCAUUGUAAUUUGCUAACUUGAUUGGUCAAAGGUGGUUGAAUAGAAGUUAUGGAUUUAGGUCGGGAAGAACCGGCUGGAGAUGGAGAAAUGGAGGAAUUGGUUAGAGUAUCCUCUGUUGAUAAUCCUCUCAGGGAAAAUCAUCUUCAGAGAACACAUUUUCCUGGCAUGGUAAGACAGAAAGCAUAUAUUUUUGACGGUCUUGGAAAUUAUUAUAAUAAGGAGUGGGAUCUUGCUGAAGGUGGUGGCAAGGAGUUUUGUUGGUACCAUGUAGAACUUCCAAAAGGGAAUCAGAAACUCUCGCAAUCUGCACAAUACCUCAUAGAUGUUCUUUGCCCACCUUUAAAACUUCAAGACAUUCUCUCACUUGUUAGCAAUGGGCCAUUUUGUGGACACGUUGAUGGAGCGCUUGUCUUUAGGGUUAAUUCACCUGGCCCUCCCUCCAGUAAUUUUACAUUUAGACUAGCUGCCAGGGUUACUGAGAAUUCAGUGAUUACUGUGUCUUUGGGACGUGUUCCCAGAUUAGGUUUCUCACCGGUUGGUCAAUCUCUUCUCUCAGAGAUUCCUAGUGUUGAGAGUCCAUCUUAUCAUAGAGGAGAGAGGAAGGAAGGGAGUGGGAUUGUUAUUAGAGAGCAUGUUCUUGAGUUCUUAUUGACAAUGAAUCACUCUGAGGAGGCUGAUAAUCCUGUUCCAAAGUCUGUCUCAAACCUUGUAGUUCACAUCAUUGAUACGCAUGUGGAUCACCUUCAAGAUGUUGUUACUAAACUUGAGAUGGAGCUGGAUUCUGUGGAACUUGAGUUGGAUAGAGGUGGAUUUGCUCUGAAGAAACAGAUGCUAGAUGAUAGAAGGUUCCCAAAAAUGCAUCUAAAUUUGCAACGUCUCCUGCAGGUGAUUGCCCAUGGUGAGCAAGUAUAUCCCCGAGUAAAGGAAAAAUGUUCUUCUAAAAAUUGGUUUGCAAUUGAGGACAUCAGCUCCCUUGAAGAGCUGAUUGGGCGCUUGAGGAGGCUGAAAGAGAAUGUAGGGUUUCUAGCAAAUCGUGUUACUGCGAUUCAGGCUGGUUUGGAUAGCUGGCAGUCGGAGCAAAUUAACAGAAAACUCUAUUAUCUCUCUUUUCUUUCCAUAAUAUUCCUUCCUUUGUCGGUUAUCACCGGAGUGUUUGGGAUGAACGUGGGUGGAGUUCCAUGGACUGUGCAAAAGGACCCUGCACUAAAUGAUGGUUUCCGCAAUGUCAUGAUUAUCUGUGUAGCAAUGCUGUUUCUAGUUUUGCUCUGCUUUAUUUUCCCUGCUCUUUAUACCCGAUUGACUGCCUGGCAUAGGAGGAGGUCUUUGAGAAGAAGUUGGUCUCAUAACAGGAGAUCUUUCCUCAAGAGAACCAUUGGAAUUCAAGAAAGAGGUGGUUACCUUAGGAUUUGACAGAAUUAAAGAAAUUCAUUACCAUGGUGGUUCUAUUAAAUUUUGGCUGUACAAACGCGUAAAGUUUUCAGUUUAUUGCGAUCUCAAUUUGAUGGUAAUUGCAACUCAGUGGCACUCCCUUUUAAGUUUUCCUUUGAAUAUUUGAUGGUUUUUCAAUGAUGUUGCUGAUUCAUCUCCCAAGUCUCAACAUUAGCUUUAUUGAGGAAUCUGGAAGUCAGGUUUAUUAGCUGUGAAAGCUGGAAUUUGGUUUGAAUUUUUGAAGAUAGUAACAGAAAUUGCUUGAGAAGUGCUAAAAAUGACGUCAAAGGUGUACUUGGUGUCCAUGUUGGGCUCUGUUUCAGUAUAUGGAGGUGGAUUAAUCAUCAUCCACUCCCAGUUCAAAUGCCUUUAUAACAUAUAUAACUUUGUGAAUAUAUCUA